AUGGCCCUGGCGGGCAUGCCCCCUCUGGAGCUCCUCACACUCAUGUACCGAAGUACAUACAGGAAGAAGAAGGAGCUCCAGAGGAAUUUAAGGGCUGGGGAAUCGCUCGCCGGGGCGCUGAGACGCGUGAGGCAUCAGGAUCGGCAGCUCCUCUUCCAACGCUGGAAAAGGCGCUUGGAAAAUGCAAGAUACGGGAGGAGGAGUGUCCAGGCCGUCCAGCCCUGCCUGGCCGAGUGGGCGGGCAGGGAGAUGGGAACCCUAACAUUUAGAACGACACAGGUGCUCACCGGGCAUGGCUGCUUUGGUGAGUACCUGUGUCGUAUAGGAAAGGAGCGUACGACGCAGUGUCACCACUGCGACGCUGACCACGACUCCGUGCAACACUCCAAGAUUGCCCGGCAUGGGCGGAGGAGCGCGGAGUCGUGGUUAGAGAGUGCGUUCACGGAUCUCAAGUCUAAAGGACUCAUGGAGUCGAUUCCUAGACGGUUACGCCACACUCUGCAAGGUCGUGCAUCUCAAGCAUCGCUGGACUAUUUCCGCGACGAGCUUUUCGACGACAUGGAGGAGGCCUUCCAAAGCGCGCUUGAUUUCAUGCCCGAAAGUUUGGAAGAAUUGGACAUGUAA